GUGAUGUUGUUAUUGAUUGCUAUCGUACUUAAUCCAAUGCAAAAGAUUGAGUAUGUCAAUUAUUUCUUGGAUUACUUCUUUGGAGAAGAAAAAGGAGGCGAAUUGAAGUCAAAGUUGUCUAAGUGCAUAAAGUUACUUUAUCAGCAAUACCAAAGUUCUGGGGAAGCAAGUGAAGCUGAUACGCAAGAAGUUCAAGCUAACAACAUUAAUACCGAUCUUCAUGGCAUGGGCUUUUUUCUGCAAGCAACCGGUCGCAGAACAAAUACAAGAUCUGAACUUGAUAGAUAUUUACAAGAAGAAUGCGAGCCAUACUCCCAUAAGUUCGAUAUACUAAACUGGUGGAAGGUCAACUCAACCCGAUUUCCAAUUCUUGGAAAUAUGGCUCGUGAGGUAUUGGCUAUACCUGUUUCUACGGUAGCUUCGGAGUCUGCAUUUAGUACUGGAGGAAGAGUCCUCGAUCCAUACCGCAGUUCCUUAACACCUAGAAUGGUAGAAGCCUUAGUCUGCAUAGGAGAUUGGCUUAAGGAAGAUCUUUUCUCUGCUUUAGAUGAUGAUGGUGAAGUUCUUCAACAAGUUGAUCAAGAUAUAUUUUCCUCUAAUGAUGGUGCUUGUUCUAUGGCGGCAUCAAUUGAUAAUCUUGAUGAUGAUUAGAUAUAUUUUCCUCAAAGGUUGUGGUUGUUUGAUGAUUUUGUUGGCAACUUGGCAUCUUUUGAUAUUUUGUUAGAGAGAUAUUUUGGUAGUAUUCUUUUGAUGUCUUGAGAAUGAUUAAAUGUUAUAUAGAUUAGCUAUUGUCAUUAGAUUUAUAAAGAACUAAA